AUGCCUUCCACUACAUAUGCAGAGUUCGGACACGACACCGAAGCGCUCGAAGUCGCCAAGGCUUUCACUGACGGCAUCCGCGGAAAGACUAUCAUUGUGACGGGCGCAAACAGCGGCGGCAUCGGGUACACCACGUUGCAAGCCUUCGCAUCUCAAUCCCCGGCGCACCUAGUCCUUGCUAGCCGCACAUCCUCGAAAAUCCAAGAAACUAUCGAGAAGCUCAAGACAGAAUAUCCAGAAGUCGACUACCGCCCUCUGGUCCUCAAUCUCUCGUCCCAAAAGGCAGUGCGCGAUGCUGCUGCCGAAAUUCUUUCCUGGAAAGACGUGGAUGCGAUCGACAUCAUCGUCAACUCAGCCGGACUUAUGGGUCUGCCAGAACGCCAGCUCACACCAGAGGGUAUAGAAAUGCACUUCGGUACCAACCACAUCGGACACUUUCUCCUCACCUCGCUCCUAAUGCCGAAGUUGAUUACCGCGGCGCAGCGCAGUCCGCGUGGCGCGACUCGCAUCGUGAAUGUGUCCUCUUUGUCGCCAACCGUCGCAGGCGUCCGCUGGAGCGACAUCAAUUUCGAUAAGAUCAACAAAGACUUGCCGGAAGAGGAGCGUCCAAAUGAGCAGAUUUUGAGCAGGUGGGGAUUCAGCGACGUUAUGGAGAAGUCGUACAUUCCGAUCGAAGGGUACAAUCAGUCCAAAGCCGCCAACGUACUCUUUUCGAUUGGCUUAUCCGACCGACUAUAUCAGAAGCACGGCAUUGUUAGUAUCGCUGUGCACCCAGGCAUCAUACCGACCGAGCUGGGCAGGGAUUUUGGAACGGAGAUGGAGCAGGCGGUGUCAAAUAUGAGCAAGAGAGGGGCGUUCAAGUACAAGUCCCUAGGUGCGGGGUCUUCCACAAGUUUGACAGCCGCACUUGAUCCGAAGCUCGGUGAAGGGGUCGGUGAGGAGAAGGAUGGCAAGGUGUAUGGUGUCUAUAUGAUUGACUGCCAGAUCUCCGAGAUGGCAUACAUUCGGGCGUGCUCGAAGAAAGAGGCGGAGAGGUUAUGGGAGCUAUCUGAGAGGCUGGUUGGUGAGAAGUUUACUUGA